AACAGGAUCCAGGGGGAAGUACCAAGCCUGUCCCAUCGGCCAUCCUGUGUGUCAUGUCCUGUGACCCAGUGGAUGCUCAGCACCCUCCAGCUGAAGAAACAGAUUGCCUUAGGUACAUGAAAGGUGAGGACACCUACUAUCCCCAUGGAGCGCAGGUGGGGCUGGGAGUCUGCUGUUUGUACAGCCGGUGGGCUCGUGUUGCUUUGGGCAUCCCUGUGCCUGAAUUCCUGCAGUACACUCGGUGCCUGUUUCCUAAUCUGCAAAACUGGAAUGAUGUUAACCAUCCCGCAGUGCAUUCCAUGGUGCAUCCUCGCCUAGAAUUGAGUGGAAGCAAGUCCAUCUCAGAAGGGACAUACCUGAAGAGAAAUGGCUUUCCAGACUCUGAAGGGCAGAGAAAGCACCAGCCUGGGUUAGAGAAAGAGAACAGCAUCUCUGAGCCCGUCCUGGGUGACCUCACAGAGAUCACCCUAGUGGCCCAGGCUAGUGACCGGGAACAUGUACCUUCCUGCAGCCAACCCCAGACGUCCACUGAUGCAUCAUAUACUGGCAAAGAUCCUGGCCUGGGGGGGUGUUGGCCGCCGGAGAUUCGCCAGAUGUUGGACUCCAGCUUAACCACCGGAAGUGGGCAGGAUGUGCUGAGGGGGCGGAGGCAGCCGCCAAGGCAGCGACGGAGGGGGCUGUCCCUGGCCAGCCGGUCAAUUUGUUCCCAUCUCAACAUUUGCUGUCCCAGUUUCGCAGGACGCCCUUCUCCAGUUUAUCCUUCUCCUGGGAGGUGACAUUUUAGGUUAUUGGGUCCCAGAUUGCUGGCACACUCAUCCCUGUUCUCAAACAUCUUUUAAACUUGGGUGAAGUGAUAAGUUGGGGAAGAAGAUGAUUUACUGAAAGUCUCCCGAGAAGAGAUUCAGACUGAACAGCUUUGUGUCGGACUUUGGAAGACCGCUGGUGCCCAAGGGGUUCUCUGGCAGCACAAUGACGAAUCUAGGUCCCUCUUUCACUGCUACGUCAAUGAAGUGGACCGCAUGGACAAGGCCAAAGCUGGUAUCCCAACCAUAGCCCUUGACAGUGAUGUUCGGCUCCAGGAAGCCAUCAGAUGCAGCAGGUGGCCAGAGAAGGAGCCUAACGGGCUCAUGAAAUGUGACACCCCCAGCUUCAUCAACACGGACCAGAACUCUUCCUUUGGGGAAGAUGAUCUCCUGAUUUUGGAACCACCGAUUGUUCUAGAAAAUAAGCCAGUUGCCCAGACCUCACACAAAGACUUGAAUUGGAAAUGUGCUUUGUCAAGUGUUUCUCUGAAGAUGUGAAGUCUGUCUUUGUAUGGCAGGAAGUCCCCUUUCACAAAAUUGUAUGUGUUUGUGUCUGAGAGAGAGAAAUGGAGACAGACAGAAAGACGGAGACAGAAGAGAGCCCCCUCAGAAGAGAGCUAGUUAAGCACCCCAGACUGACGAAGACAGUGGAGAAUGCCUCUGAGUUUGGCACUGAUUGCCUGGAGAAUGCUGAAACCCAGGGAAGUGGGCAGCACAGACGUUUACUCAUUUAAUCCUGCCAACACAGUAGGAGAUAGAGUCUACAUAUUCCUCGCUACUUAAAAGAUCCCUGCCUUCUCUCUGCUCCUCCUGUCCAUGUCUCUCCCUCCACUUUUCCCCUUCUCCCCUCCUCCUCCCAUCUUCUCCGUCCCUCCCUUCCCCAACUUCUCUUGCAGAACACAGAGAGGAUAGCUGGCCCUCCUGCGCAUGCGCAGUCUGUGCCAGCUGGACCGAGGGUUGGAAGCUGCAACUCCGAGCCGGGGAUCGGCCCCAAAGGCUUCUCAGCUCUUUCGCCCGCUCAGUGGUGUGGGCGCUGCUCCCCGGGCUGAGAGCCUCCGGCUGUGAACCCCAGCUUCUCCUGUUGGAGUCGGGAAAAGGGAGCGUCAGUGCUGAGCGAGCUUCCGUCUCCUCCCUCAGUGUUUCUGCCCCAGUGAGAGUGCUCAGUAGUGCUUUGCCAGCAUGAUUUUGGGGCAAUUUGGGGGCAGAUAUCGUGCACAAGCAGUGAGAUAUUUCCAUGCAUUUUACUUUCCGGACAUCACCAUGGAACAUGUGGGGGUUUGUGCCUGCAGGCCGGGAUGCUGCAGGACUCCCUGGUCCAUCACCGUUAUGUCUUGGAGCUGCUCCAGUCAGUGAAUGACUUUCUGUGGCUUGGAGUACGUUUUGGUUACUGAGACCCUCGAAUUCCCAUAUGAAUUGUAGCAGCAGCUAGUCAGUUUCUGCAGAGGAGACCGCAGGGAUUUUGAUCGAGACCACGUUGAAUAUACGGAUCGUUCUGGGGAGCACUGCCAUUCCAAAAGCGCUGUCUUCUGAUCCAGCAAUGUGCGUGGUUUGUCCAGGUGAUAAUGCUCUGGCUGCUGAAUGUGCCCUUUCCCCAGACUUGGUUUUGGAGUUAAGUCACCAUCAGUGGAGCCCUCUCUUUAAAAGAUGAAGAAAACAUUUGCUCCUUCUCCCUGGUUGGGGACUUGGAUGAGAUGAGAGUUCUACAUAUAGAUGGUUACAUUCUGUACCUGGAAAUUUCUACAAAAUUUCUUCCCACUUGAGUCCCAUGACUCGGGAAUGGGGUGGUUCUGCUCAUUGACUGGGGUUGGCCAGAAACCAAAAAUGACAGCUUCAAAGGAGCCUGGGAUUUGUCAGUUAUGUUUUGUCAGUACUAUAGAGUUCAAAAAAUGCUUUCACAGUAACUCUCCAUCUGAGGCGGCAGCGUGCUCUCUUACCAGCAUCAGGAGCUCAGGGCCAUGGGAUGGUGGGGGCUGACUGCUUUGCCGUCAAGACAGCUGAGCUAGUCACUGCAGGUUUGAUUCUUUUACGUGCCCUCACCUCCAGUAGCAUCCAUCCAGACACCGGAACUGACACUGGCCGUGCUCCGAACUGCCUCAGCCCUGAAGACACAACUGACAAAUAGAAGGGGACCACGCCCUGUUACAGCAGGUGCUCUCACUUUGUGGAUCCUUAUGUAACUGAGCGGUGUUAAUCAGGAUUGCCCGUUCUACAUUGUGUGGCGCUGCUGCGGUGUCUCCUAGUUACUUGUUUCUUGUAAGAAUUCCGGUGACUGAGUUAGAAGCAUGCUUCCAAGCUGUCCGUGUCCUCGGCAUCCAGAAGCGGAGCCUGGAAGCUUCCGAAUUUCUCCAGAAUGCAGUCUACAUUCACCUUCGGCAGAUACUCAGCACUCCCUGCACCAUUUGUUGAAUAGACUAUUCUUUCAAUGGAGUGUUGUUGACACCCUUGUGGAAAACUGACUGUAAAUGUAAGUUUUUCCCCCUGGGUUUUUAUUAUGUCUCAUAGAUUUAUUUAUCCAAACUUAUGCCAGUACCAUUCUGACUUAGUACUAUAGCUUUUUAGUACCCUUUAAAGUGAGUCCUCCAACUUUGCUCUGCUUUUUCAAGAUUGUUUUGGCUGACCUGGGCCCCUUGCACUUCCAUAUGAAUUUUGGGAUCACUUUUUCAAUUUUUGCAAAGAAUUCAGCUGGAAUAUUGAUAAGGAUUCCACUGAAUUUGUAACUCACUUUGGGGAGUCUUAACAUUUUUAACAAUAUUGUCUACCAUUCCAUGAACAUGGGAUGUGUUCCAUAUAUAUAGGUCUUUUAAGUAUUAUUUCGGUGAUACAUCAAAAUAUUCAAUGUACAAAUCUUGUAAAUUUUUGUUAAAUGUAUCUCUCAUUUUAUUUUUAAUGCUGUUGUAAAUGGAAAGGCUGAGCUUCUUGAGGGUAGGACUAUAUAUUAAUUUGUUUAUUUCUAGGAUUUCUACACAGCAAAUACUCUAGGUUUAUAUUUGCUACAUAAAUCUAUCCACAACUCUUCCCACCCCCGUGUUAUAAGAAACCAAGACCCAGGUUAAGCUACCUGAACACGUAUGUGGAAGUGAGAAAUGAGACCUUUGGGUGGGGCUUUGUGAAGAUGAUACUGAGAGCUUAUUUAGGAUGGCUUCAUCUUAAAUUCCUUUAAACAACACUUUUGGUGUAGUCAGAUACAUUAAGAUCAUGCCCUUUUGAUGUGCAGAGGAGCUAAGACUAUCAUUUUCAAAUAAUUUCUAGUGAGAGUGUUGUACUUGAAAUCAAAUUUGCAUCAAUCUUUGAAGAUAUAUGUUUCAGGAAUUUUGACUAAAGAACACCUGUCUUUAUUCAUUAAUGACAACUAAAUUCUCAAGCAACAUGUAAGAGUUUGAGCAAACUGCCCCAGCCCCGUAGUGCUGGUUGGCUGCAGCUGUAACUGGAGUCAGUGCUUACCUCUCCCAGCACGCUUGGGCUGAUCUGCUCAAAGGUGUUCGUCCAAAUGUUUGUCUGUAGUCUGUUGGACAAAGCCAUAAAACAUUGAGUUAAGGUUGCUGGAAUGCAAUAUAUUCCUAUUAAUAUUAACUAAGCACAUAUUGAGUGCUUACUGUAUGUUGGGAAUUGUCCCUCAGCCUCACAUGUAUAUUAUUUCACUUAAAACUUCAUAUAUUUCCUUGUUAUUCUCACUUUACAGAUAAGGAGACUGAGAAUUAGGUCUUCUGUAUUUUGGAUGGAGCUCAUUAUCAAUGACAGGAAGUUGUAAGGAAAAAGAUAUUGAUUCAUCCUGAGAAAAUAUUUUUCUGACCGUCAGCAGUGAAGAGGGUGAACACUGAAGAAGGUGAUCAUUGUUUGAGUGAGACGAGCCCUGGGUUGUACGGAGUCAGCAUCCCUGUCUUGGACACGGCACGUGUAGAUCUGUGUGGUGGGUGAGGCGGCGAGGCCGCGCAGGGAACGCGGAUGCCGGGCCAUUGGGCUGUGCUCAGGCCCAGUGGGGCUUUCUCCUAAGGGCAGUGGGCCGUCAUUGACAGAUCUUAAGUAGGGGAGUGGGGUGCUCUCGUAGAUCACUUUUGUCUUGUAGAAUGCUUAGAAACAUUUAGAAGGCUCUGCAGGAGGUGAUGUGAUGAGUCAGAUUAGGGUGGCUGCCAGGUGUAGAAGUGUAGAAUUUUCAAGUGGUUUUCAGUCCCAGUUUUGUGGCUGAGUAGCUGUGUCACUUUGGAUGAUGCACUCAAGGAAGUAAACAAUUUAUCUAAUCAAUUGAAGAAGUGAUGUACCGACCUCCCAGGACUGCUGUGGCAAUCCAGUGAGAUAACGUGUGCACAGUGUGCAGCGUGGUCCCCAGCACACAGUCAGUGCUGAGUGAGUGCCAGUGAGUACCUGGUAGGUCAGGUGUGGGUGGUGGGACUCGGUGACUGAGGAAAUCUGGGCCCUGAAGGUGGGGUCCAGUCACAUCUGUGAGUGAUGGGCCUGAGCUGGGAGAGGCAGGGAGACCUUGCCCCCCGACCAGGGGCCCUGGGUAGGACGGCUAUGGGAGGAGCACCGUGAAGUCAGCUCUUUGCAGGUGGAGCUCGAAUUGCCUUUGAGACAUCUAAGUGCAUUGUCAUGAGCUCAAAGAGGAGGUCUGGGCCCGGGCUGUGAAUUUUCCUAUAAUCUUAAUCCCUGAGGACGCCGAGGUAUUGAUCACUGAACGUGAAGACAUACUUUACAGGACAAGUGAAUAGUAGUAUCAUCUCUGUCAUCAAAGCUCACAUCUCUUUAUUCAUCACAAGUUUGCUAUUGGGUACUUACAGAGCUCACUUCACCGCCAUCCCCUGGGCUCAGGCUCCACAGUAAAGAGCUGGUGAGCCUCCCUCUUUUCCAGAAGAAGACACAUUUAGCUGGUAGAAUUCUGUACCUCGCCAGACUUAGAAUUUUAGUUUGUUGUUUUAAUUCUAUUUUCUGUUAGCCAUCUCCUGACAGGAGAGACGUUUUACCUCAUGGACAUAUUUCAAUUAGCUGUUACUGAGAAUUGCUGAUCUGAUCCAUAGUGUAAGUAUUAUAUUAAACUUGUAGAGUAUAUAUCAUUUUUCUGUCUUUGCCCUUUAAUUUUGUAUGCCCCUUCAAGUCUCUAUCCUAUUUGGGGCCUUAUUUUUUUAAAUUAAAAAAUGUCUAUUUGCAGUUAAGAAAACAAAAGAAAAGAAAAAAUACACAUGAUAGCUAAACUUAGAAAAUAUCUAGUGUGUUUUCUGUCUCGGCAACGGAGGGUUCUAGAAACUCGUGAAAACCUUCAUUACACAAGUUUCUUAAAAUGCUGAUUAAGAAAUAAAACCUUCUUUCUUCAUCUUUCAAGUUGCACAGCUAAUUGUGAAGAAAGUGAGGGGAAAUCCUCAGAAGCCAAGACAAACCAGAAAGCAGGAAUUCUGGGUGAUACACGAGCCUUAGAAGCCCUGGGGUGCCUGUUGGCUCCUGUACUGAGUUUCAGUUGCCUUGACAGGAGGGUAGGAGCUGAGCCCGAGUCUUCUCACACUGGGAGUUGGAUGACUGAUCAUAUGUAAGGCCAAGCCCAUUCCGAGAAGCAUGGUUUACUAAAGGGUUAACUAUGAAAAAAAAUUCCUCAAGGUAAGACAGUAAGGAAAGUCAACUUUUUUGGAAGAGGGGAAAAAUAACAAAUCCAAAGUAAGGAUAUAGUUUAAAGCUCUUCUGGCAUGAGAGUAACCACAAACUCCUGGCAGAGAAUCACAGCUACUCCUGGAAUGAGAAGCUGUGGUUUGAAUGAAUCAGUGAGCAGCCAUUCCGAAAAAGGCCUCCAGAGUCUUGAGGAUCAAGAUACUUGACUGCAAACACCUGUCUUCCAAGGUCUCUAUCAAAUAACCAGAAAGGUUUUAAAGGAAAGAAGCCAUAAUCAUAGUUUUAUUUCUUAACAUUACUUUAUGCUAGGAAUUCAGAGGUGACUAUGGAGUUGUCUCCUCUUUUAUGGACCUUACCUUCUCUUUGGGGAGACAAACUGACAUAGUUGGGGAGCUUGGUGGAGGGAGGUGAUAGUCUGUUGCAAUUAGCCAGGAGAGGAGAUUAAGAAAGCAGUGAAGGGUGGGUGAACUUUUUAGCUAAGGACAUUAUUGUUCUGCUGGCCCUUAAUUGCAGGCUCAAUGAGUAGUCACUGGAGGGAAUAGAUCUUACGGAGGAUGGACUUAGCUCAGGCCUCUUUAGAAUGGACAAGUGAACCUGGAGAAAGACAGUCAAAUCUGUGCAGACAUUAAAGUUCACUUGAACGUGCUCCAUCCCUGAGCCAAAGAUAGGACAAAUAUGCAGCACUUCUUAAGGACAGAGGAGUGGUUUUUAAGGUUCUCCAAGAAUGAAGCCCAGGGAACCGAGAUGGCCAGUUGUCAAACUGUGACUUUGCACUUAGGACGGUGUACCCACCAAGGGUAUUGGCCUUUUAUACAUUUCCAUUUCUCUUUAAUACAUGUCAGGUGAUGAGGACAUGGGCACAAGUGUUUGACAUCUUGUCGAGGCGACUUUGGGUACCUGCCUAGAAACGCGGGCACGGCUACAGCUGCGUCACACAUGUUGCCGCCCAUCCCACUCCCCGGCUCCGUGAUCACGGCAGAGUGGUUCCUUGUUGACCUGUCCAUCUCCUCUGUGACAUCAUAACCCAUGAAAAGACCGGAGAGUAUUAACUUGGCUUUGUUAAAGUCAAAGGAACAGAUCUAAUAUGGAGUCAGAUUUGUUCUUUCCUAUUUCAGUAUUGCCAUGGAGAAGACAGUUUGGGCAGCUUUUUAUAGGGUCCUCGAGGCUUUCUCUCUCAGCCUCUGGGCACCUUUAUUGAAAACCCUACAUAGCUGUCUGGAGUGCUGGAAAACCACUCCGACUGUUUUGCCCUGAAGAUGUGUUCAGUUUAUAACUCAUCUCUACUCCUUGGAAAACAACUCAAUAAAAACUCAGUUGGUUUUCCACCAGCCAUGGGCAGGGGUGAGGGAUACCUUGUUAUUAUUUCAUAAAAUAAUAAUAAUAAUAAAAAUAGUAAUAAUAAAAAUAAUAAAAAUAAUAAAAAUAAUAAUAAUAAUAAAAGAAGUCUUAAAACAGCACUGGGCACAUAGUUGAGAGUCAAUAAAUGCUUCCUGGCUUAAAUCAAAAGUGAUGACUCAGUGAUUCCAUGGCUGCUGUAUUGGCUGAGCUAGUUACUCCUUUGCUCCAUUACACAUUUUUUUAACUGAAAAAGAAAUACAUGCAAAUGGUUAAAAAAAAUUCAAACAGCACAAAAAUACACAAGUGAAAGAAGUUUUCCCUCAUCCUCUGUUCUUCCGGCCCUCCCUGGAGAUGCCACUGUUUACUAUCCUUUGGGUGCUUUUCCAGAUAUGCUAUGCACAUUCCCACCUAUGUAUGUAAAUUCCUUUAAAGUUUUAGUUAUUUUUAACUUAAAGGGAUUUAAAUCCUCAAGUGGCUUCUGCCUGGGUAAUAGAACAGAACAAAUCUGACUCCAUAUUAGAUCUUUUCCUUUGACUUUAACCCUAUGCUCUGUCUCCUAGGCUUCAUCUUGCUUGUAAAACAAUGUUGCUUAGAGCCUGAAAUAUACAGGAGAACCUAUUCUGAAGGCUCUGAUCUUUAAGUAUAUUUAACACAUUUUCAUUCAUAAAAAGAUUAGAAAUUGCAGAAUAGAAAAUAACGUUUGUUUUGUUAGAGGUUUACAGAGAUUUGACCCAGGCAGAUAGCUGCAAGAACAAAGGAUUCUAACAAGAAGGAAUUCCUACACCAAGAAGAUUGCAACAACCAAGCACGUAGGAAAAAAGCCUGAAUUCUGACUUGGGGAGAUGGUUUUCCAGGACAUUAGUUUGCCAUCUAGGUCUACAGAAACUUGCUAUUCCAUACCCCAACACCUGGUCUCCCAACUUAUUGGCCUGUCCUGCACUGAAGAGAAUGAAUUUGGAUUUGGUAGCACUCCUAUAUACCUAGCAAGCUGGGCACUGGAACUGAGUGUUAUGGAAACAACAGGCCAGCCAAGGAACAAUCACCACUCGGAGUGUUGGCGUACUCAGAUUUAUUAUGCCGGCGGGCUCAGAGGGGCUUCUGCUCCGAAUUUCUGAGCACCCACCUCCAAGACAUACACAUGAAGUUUUAAAGGGUUAAUUACAAGUAAGGGUGUAUUAGCCAAUAAGGCUCAAGCAACAAAAAGCAAGGAAUCAGCACACUGGUGCUUGUCAACUUGUAAUAGACACUUGUUGAGCUUCGAUUUACGGCUUAGCUUGUUAGCCCAGUAAACUGACACUAAACUUCAGAUUUACGAGUUAGCCCAGCAGAAUUUAGAUCAGUAAACUGACACAUCACACUUAGAUUUGUGACUUAGCUUGUUAGCCCAGCUGGGCUUUUCCUUCACAUGAGGACAGCUCUCCCACACCCAGGGAACUACUGUGAGCCCUUGAUGGUUCCACUAGGGUGGAGUGUGGAUUACCCAGGACGGAUGGGGACUAUGCACCAACACUCAGGCAGUCUGCUCUGUCUGGGGCUCUGAUCUUGAACCACCCCGCUCCCUGCCAGCCCAACACCUGGGACAGUGGAGCUAAGGCAAAGAUCGUGCCUGCCUGUUUCCCAGCGUGUAAAAGGGGAAUAUGUACUCUUCCCAAGGUAGUUCUGAGCGACAACACCUGCGGGUGCUUGGUUCCCAGACCAACAGAAAACCCUGCUCCGCGUGGGGGCAACAGGUGUGAUACCCGUAGGGGUUCUGCAGCAGCAUCGGAUGGAGGGCUGGAUCAGGGAGGUAAAACUUGAGCUGCGGGCCUUGAAGUGUUACAGAAGGGUACAGAGGCAGGACUGCCGCCUUCUUCAGGGUGCCACCAGAGGUAAAGCUUUUUCUCUCCAUCCUCGCUAGGACCUUACCCUUUCAGGAUCCCUCCAUUCUCUCUGCUAUUCCUGUCCAUCUGUCUCCCUCCACUUUUUCCCUCCUCUCCUCCCCCUCCCAUCUUUUCCCUCCCUCACUGCCCCACCUUCUCUCGCAGAACCCAGAGCGGAUUGCUGGCCCUCCUGCGCAUGGGCGGUCGGUGUCAGCUGGACCGCGGGUUGGAAGCUCCAGCUCGGAGCCGGGGAUUAGCCCCAAAGGCUUCUCAGCUCUGUCGCCCGGCAGGCCUUUAGCUCCUGCCCGGGGCCGGUGCCUCUGGCCGUGGAAGUGCAAUGUGGGGUCUCCCGGGAAAGGGGUCAGGUGGCUGCGGGAGGGCGGUCCGCGUGUCACAGACCACGAGGGCGCGAGUCAGCCUGUGUUCAGCUGAAUUGCUCGGGCCAGACCCCUCUGCCCGCGCCACCUGCCCCAGUGCCCCAGUGCCACAGCUUCCCGGGGCCAGGUGUGCACCUGCCGCCUCUCACCCAGCCGGGCUCCCCUCAGUCCGCUGCUGGCGUCCCCUUCCCCUCUCUCGCCCGCGAGUCCUCUCCUCCCGGGCUUCCUCUCCUCGGCCACCGGCCCGUUCCCACAACUGGGCGGGCUGCGUCCCAGGCGGGCGGGGUCUGCGGACCCGGACGGGGCAGCUGGGGCUGGGGCUGGGGAUGGCCUCCGAGCGGGGCUGCAGCCCGCGUUUCCACCCAUUUCCCUGCCCCGCGACUCCGGGGCUGCCCUGGUCUUCCUUUCCCGCUCCCUGAGGAACAGCUCAGUGGCGUCUGCACUGCUCCCUGGGCUGAGAGCCUCCGGCUGUAAAGCCCAGCUACUGGUGGAGUCGGGAAAAGGGAUCCUCAGUGCCAAGCGAGCUUCUGUCUCCUCCCUCAGUGUUUCUGCCCCAGGUCAUCGCAACCCAGAUGGACCUGCAGCCCACAGUACAGUAUGUACCUCGAUCUCCUCUCCCCUCUCGUCAGGGCCUGCAGCAUGAGCAUCCCUGACUACGUGCACUGUGCUGAGGACCACCAGACUUUCCCCGUGGUGGUCGAACACGUGGGGAUCAUCUCAGAGGAGAAUUUCUUUUGCAUCUAUAAGUGAAUCACCUUGGUGAGUCAGAUCAGUCCGUGCAGCUCCCAGUGGGCAAACUGUAUCCACUACAGGCACCACUAUGCACCCAAGAAUGGGUGGAGCGACUUCCAGACCCACCGCAAGUUCUUGGGCCUUGUCAUCAUUACUGAAUGCCUCUCGGCCAAGGCUUCGAAAAGCUCCACGUGCAGAGGAGCUGUAUGGCACCACGCUCUAUGACUCUCAGCUCUUUGACUUUCUGCUGCAUGGGGAGGUGGCCGAGCAGCCACGCACCGAAGUGGCCUUCAAUUUACGAGGACUGCAGGGUGGUGGAGAAGAGGAUCGACGACUUCACUGAGUCACUCUUCAUCUUGCCCAAGUCCAAGUGGCUGGACGGUGCAUCCGACAAUUCUGGGGACAAGAUCCUCCUUCUCUGCAUCCCAUUUGAGAAGGAGGACAUCAUGGGACUGGACACAGAAAGCAGUACGUUUUGGUUACUGAGUCCCUCAAAUUCCCAUAUGAAUAGUAGCAGCAGCUAGUCAGUUACUGCAGAGGAGCCCGCUGGGAUUGUGAUCGAGACCACGUUGAGUAUACAGAUCGCUCUGGGGAGCACUGCCAUCCCAAGAGCGCUGUCAUCUGAUCCAGGAAUGUGCGUGGUGUGUCUGUCCAGGGGAAAAGAGUACAAUUCAAAAAUAUAAAGAUUGUGAGCUAAUGAGAUAGACAAGACAACCGAACAUUUGUUAAAUAUCCUUUCAUGCCGGACACAAAUGUAUUAUACACACAAAAAGCACACAAAUCACGGUAGUACUGCGGUUACAAACGUGGGUCCGAGUUCGAGUCCUGCUCUGGAGUGACCAGUCCUGUGAGAUGGAGAACUGAGAUCUAUGUAUAGUUUUUUACAUUCUAUACCUGGAAAUUUCUCCAAAACUGCUUCCCACGUGCCCUCACCUCCAGUGGCAUCCAUCCAGACACCAGCACUGACACUGGCCGUGCUCAGAACUGCCUCAGCCCUGAAGACACAACUGACAAAUAGAAGGGGGACACGCCCUGUGACAGCAGGUGCUCUCACUUUGUGGGUCCUUAUGUAACUGCGCAGUGUUAUUCAGGAUCGCCCGUUCUACACUGUGUGACGCUGCUGCCGUGUCUCCUAGUUAUUUCUCGUUCCUAGGAGAGAAUUCAGCAGUGCAGCAUCCUCUCCGAGCUCUAUGAGUUGAUCGGCUUCCACUGCAAGUCCGUCUUCUUCAAGUGGGUGGCCCCCGUGCAGCGCUUGGCCCCCGGCAUCCCGGAGCCUGGCGGGAAGGCCUGCUACCGACUCCUUCUGCAGACGCUUCCUGGCUACAGUCUGUCACUGAUUCUGCAGGAUUCAACAAAGGUUUUGGGACUAAAACAUUGCUUCAGUCCGAUUAACCAUGCCUUGUUUGGGCCCUGCUCUCCUGUCUCAACAGGGUGAAUUGUGAUUCGUGUAGAGCAGGACACAGCAGACUUUUUUCUGUCAAGGGCUUGGGAGGCAAUAUUUCAGGAUCUGCAAACCUCCUGAUCUCUGGUGCAGCUGCUCAGCUCUGCUGUUCAGACGCCAGAGCAGCCGGAGAGUCCACACACCCACAGAGCUUUAUUCACAGCAGUGGCUGGGGCUGGAUUGGGUGUAUGAACUGCAGUUUGUCCCCACAGCCUCCUCACUAUUGACGACUGUACCUGAGCGUGCAUUUGCGACAAUGGGUGAACCUACACUGACACGUCAUCAUCACCAAGAGCCCAUACUUGACACUAGGAUUUACACUUGGUGGUGUGCACUCUGUGGGUUUGGACAGAUGUACAAUGACACGUUUCUACCAUCACAGCAUCAUACAGAGUAGUCUGUCUUAGUGACCCUAAAAAUGCUCCUUGCUGCACCUCAUUCAUUACUCCUUCCCCUCUAGCCUCUGACAGUAACUGAUCUUUUAGUCUCUGUGGUUUUGCCUUUCCCAGAACACCAUACAGUUGGAAUCAGACAGUUGCAGAAUCUUCCCAGAUCGGCUUCUUUCACUUAGUAAUAUGCAUUUAAGGUUCCUCCAUGUCUUUCCAUGCCUUGAUAACUCAUUUUAUUUUAACACCAUAAAUAGUCCAUUUUCUGCCUGGACCACAGUUUAUUUAUCCAUUCACCUACUGAAGAACAGCUUAGUUGUUUCUGAGUUCUGGUGAUUAUGAAUAAAGCUGCUAUUAACAUCUGUAUGCAGAUUUGUGUGUGGACGUAAUUUUCCAUUUUGUUCAGUAAACACCAAGGAGCACAGUUGCCAGAUCAUAUGGUAGGAGUACGUUUAGUUUUGUAAAAAAUUGCCAGACCGUCUUCCAAAGUAUCUGGGCCAUUUUUCAUUCCCACCAGCAAUGCAAGAAAAUUCCUGAUGCUCCACAUCCUCACCAGCAUUUGGUGCUGUCAGUGUUCUGAGUUUUGGCAGUUCUGACUGGUGUGCAGUGAUAACUCACUGUUUCAGUCUGCAGCCCCUUGAUGACAGAUGCUGUGGAGCAUGUUUCCAUAGAUUUCUUUGGCAUCUAGUUUCCAUGUUGAGGUGUGUGUUGAGGCAUUUUGCUCAUUUUUUAAGCAGGUUAUUCAUUCUUCUUGUUGAGUUUAAAGAGAUUUUGGUGUAUUCUGGAUAUCAGCCCUUUAUCAAUGUGUCCCUGCCCUUCACCUGCAGCACCGGAGUUGUCCUUUGGGUCUCAGUGGAGUGUCAGCUCUUCAAAGAGGUUCCCUGUCUUCCCUCACCUAAAUACUGUCCUUGAACUUUUCACUUUCAUUGACUCACUUUGUUCUUUUUAAAUAGCAUUUCCCAUAAUUUGUAAGUACAUUAAAAAAAAAGGCAAUGAUUGAACACUGCCUCCCCCACCAGGCUGUGUGCCCUGUGAGAGCAGAGACCCUGUCCCCACUCACCAUGUCCCAUGACAGCACAUGUCACAUGUCCAUGUAAAUGUGUGUAACGUGGGGCCAAACCUGAUGAGCAGCUAUGACGACAUGUGUUGGCUACCAUUCAUUGAAUAGAGUUUGUUUCUUGAUCUUAAUUUUAAAUCACAUGAAUGAAACAUGUUUCUUUUGAAAAAUAAAACAACAAAGCACACCUCCA